AUGGCGUCUGACGGCUCCCUCAAGCAAAUAAACUGCCUAAGCAACUUCCGCUUAGAUAUGGAGAUUGAGAAGACGUAUACUUUGAAACGUGACCCUGUUAACAAAGGCAAAGACCUAUCGGCGAAACCUUCUAAUGUAAAAUCGCCAAAAUAUGACAACAAAAACGUUUCAAACGAGCCUUCUGAUCUUCACGAAGCCAUAUCUUCGAAUAUUAAUAAGAUAUUGAACAACACCUCACUCUCUAUUUACGGUGGUUCAAGUGGGAUAUGGAUGAACACCUCGAAAGGUUGGAACGACACGCCGUUUAAAGAUGACGCUUCAACAUGUCGUUCUUGUGCAUUUGAGAUGAUAUUCUUACGUUCGUUCAAAAAUGAAUACAAUCACGUUUACAAGGGUAACCACGAAGCCAGUCGUUGUGGAGGCCUCACUGUGCUGAGCCCUGUUGAUAUCACCACCUUAUCGGAGCGACUUAUUGAAGAAGCGCUCCGUACCGCUGUAAAAUUGCAGCCGCAGGAAAAAUCUGAGCCAUCUGCUAACGGUCAAUCAGCGUAG